UUCGUAUAUAACAAAAGUAUAUACAUACAUUAAUUACAACAAAAAGAAAUAUCUUUCACACGUGUGGGGUAAAGCAAAGCCCUCUGUUUGCUUCAGGUCCUCUCCUCCAGCUUCGCCGUUCUUUUGGGCACGGACACUCGAAAGGCUCUUCCUUUACUUUCGCCGACACAAACCACCGGAACCUUCAAUCAGCAAGGGGUUAGAGAGUAAUGGGUUACAUAGGAGCACAUGGUGCAGCAGCUCUACAUAGGUACAAAUACAGUGGAGAGGAUCACUCUUAUCUUGCCAAAUACCUUCUCAACCCUUUUUGGACUCGUUUUGUCAAAGUCUUCCCUCUAUGGAUGCCACCGAACAUGAUAACGCUUAUGGGGUUCAUGUUUCUAGUCACAUCUUCCCUGCUAGGAUACAUAUAUUCACCUCAGUUGGAUUCUCCUCCUCCACGAUGGGUGCACUUCGCACAUGGUUUGCUUCUCUUCUUGUAUCAGACAUUUGAUGCGGUUGAUGGGAAGCAAGCAAGAAGAACGAACUCCUCUAGCCCCCUAGGAGAACUUUUUGAUCAUGGUUGUGAUGCACUUGCUUGUGCGUUUGAAGCCAUGGCGUUUGGAAGCACUGCAAUGUGCGGAAGAGAUACUUUCUGGUUCUGGGUUAUUUCAGCUAUUCCUUUCUAUGGAGCUACAUGGGAACACUAUUUCACCAACACACUUAUUCUUCCGGUAAUCAAUGGACCUACAGAGGGUCUUGCACUUAUAUACGUCAGCCACUUCUUCACCGCCCUUGUCGGUGCUGAAUGGUGGGCUCAGGAAUUGGGGGAGUCCAUACCAUUGUUUAGUUGGGUGCCAUUUGUUAAUGACAUCCGAACUUCCAGAGCAGUAUUAUACAUGAUGAUCGCUUUUGCUGUUAUACCAACCGUCGCAAUCAAUGUGUCAAAUGUCUAUAAAGUUGUUCAAUCAAGAAAAGGGAGCAUGGUGCUAGCAUUAGCUAUGCUUUAUCCAUUCGUGGUUCUUCUUGGAGGUGUUUUGAUAUGGGAUUACUUGUCUCCAAUCAAUCUCAUAGAAACAUACCCUCACUUGGUUGUACUUGGAACUGGACUUGCCUUUGGAUUUCUAGUUGGAAGAAUGAUUCUUGCUCACUUGUGUGAUGAGCCGAAAGGACUGAAAACAAACAUGUGCAUGUCGCUGGUCUAUCUUCCCUUUGCACUUGCAAACGCUCUAACCGCAAGAUUGAAUAAUGGGGUUCCUUUAGUCGACGAGUUAUGGGUUCUUCUCGGCUACUGUAUAUUCACAGUGUCGUUAUACUUGCACUUUGCGACUUCGGUCAUCCAUGAGAUCACUGCGGCUCUUGGAAUCUACUGCUUCAGGAUCACGAAGAAGCUUGAAAAGAAACCCUAAGGGUAUUGCUUUUUUUUUUUUUGUGUGUGUGUGUGGACCGUUGGACCAGUACGUUGAAUGAUCAAUAUGGACCUCCUCACUGGAUCGGUGAUGUAUUUCUUCUUAAGUCAUUCUUGUCUGUUUGAUCAGGAUAGGUGAAUUUAUGUAGAAGACUUUGUAUAAUGUCUUUUUGCUUUGAAUUUAUAUGCAUGGGAAAAAAAUACGAAAAUUAUUAGUAUU